GCGCAGUAAAUCCUCAGUCCCCCUGGUUCUUGCUAUGGAGAGCAGCAAAGCCAACACUGGUACAUUGAGCCUUGAGUGUGUCAUUGGGUUUUAACGUUGCCUUUAAGCCUGCAGACUCUGCGCAAACUCAUUCAUCUCCAGCCCAGCAAGUCACCUAAACGUCAUGUCUGGAUAUUGCCACCCUGCCCUUUUGUUACUUGCUUUGGCAACCCUUGGCAUAGCAGAAGAUGCUGCCAUCCAGUGCCCUCCCUGCUCACAAGAGAAGCUCAUCCGUUGCUUGGACCCUGUUGGGUGCCAGGAACUGGUGAAAGAGCCAGGUUGUGGGUGCUGUGCUACCUGUGCUCUCACAAAAGGAGCCCCCUGCGGCGUGUACUCUGCCCGCUGUGGCUCUGGACUCCGAUGUUACCCCCCCAGGGGGAGCGAAAAGCCACUGCACACCCUCAUGCACGGGCAGGGUCUCUGCACUGAGACUGGGGAGAUUGAUUCCAUCCAGGAAACUUUCCCGAAAGUAGAAGAAGAUCACCCCAAUAUAAACAUUAGCCCAUGUGGCCCACAGGACAGGACGUGCCACUUGAAGCAUAACGCCAGGAUGAAAGGGAUCCAAAUGCAGAUUGGAAGGCACUUUACCAAGAACACCAACAAUGCACCCGUGUCAGAAAUCCACUUGGGUUUGUGUCAGAAGGAUCUGCACAUAGCUCUGGAGAAACUUUCUACGUAUCAGACCAGAACCCAAGAGGAUUUCCUGAGUAUUCCUAUACCAAAUUGUGACCGCAAUGGGAAUUUUAACCCUAAGCAGUGUCACCCGGCUCUUGAUGGACAGCGUGGGAAGUGCUGGUGUGUGGAUCGGAAAACAGGGGUGAAGCUCCACAUUCCAUAUGACCUUGUCCUGGAUGCAGAUUGUCAGCUGGCAUCUGAGAGGGGAAAGGAAUGAAGGGGCUCACACAGCAUAUUUGCCCCUCAAUGAAUCCUAAUAAAGGAAUCCAACUCUUAAAGGACUUGUGGAACUAAUCUUGACAACCAUAUAGAAACCAGCACCACAAAUGUAACCUCAUCUCUGCCAUAUGGACCUGCAUGUACUUUGGGACUUCCAAUGUGCUGCUGGCCAUAUGACAGUGAAUGGGUUAUUAUACCACUUGAAGGGUAAUGGGGGGAGGGAGAAUAUUAUGUAUUUCUUUUUAUUUAAUUGCUAUUGGGUUUUAAGGCAUCUAGGAACGAGUAGGGCCUUAUGUGGGUGGGGUGAUGCUUAGCACAUUAUGUAAAAAUCAAAGUAUGUUCAUUUUGUGUGAGUGUGUUGGGUGCUAAAGUGAGAGAGUCAACGUGGAGUGAGUUUAACAGAGGGAGAGAGGGUUUAUGGGAAGUGGAUAGAGGGACAGUUAGAACAAUUUGAUGACGAUUUAAGUGUGGAACAAUAAGCUGAUCUAUAAGGUAAGCUAGUAGGAAUAAUAGGGAGCAAUAAGGAGCAUUAUUAGGGUGCUUUCAUUGGGAUCACAAAGCUAAAAUUUCACUUUUUUUGCUACAAGCUAUGCAAAUGUGCUUAUGUUACCAAGGCCUUUGAUUUUUUGCCAGUUCUAGUCUUUUCCUCUGUGGCUGCCAUUAACAACAGACUGCAGUUUAUUUGCUUUGGACCAAUAAUUGAAAAAGAGGGUGACAGAGGUAUCCCUUCAUGUAGCUCAAGAUGCAUUCAUGAUUUAAACCAAGGCAGAGUCUUAUACCAUCAAGAACCAGAUGGACCCUGCAAGGCAUCGACACCACUAGAGUUCUAGGCAAUGUAGCAUUGGAGUGUUUCAAUGUACAUAUCUACUAUGUUUGAAAUUCAAUGUGAACAAUAAAGACACUGUUACAUUA